AUGUUGCGCUCUGUAUAUUAUAAAUAUGUAACGCUACAUUACUUUAAAAAGAAAUAUCUUGCUGUUGAGACCACUUUGAAUAUGUCGAUGUCAAAUUACUGGAAAGGUGCUCCAUUGUCAAUGAUUUAUGGAUCGGAGUCUCCUUGGAGUAAACCGGAUUUCCCACCGGUACAGCCGGGCCACAAUCACGCCGUUUUAUACCAUGUCCCAAACAAUGGAGAUUUGGCAGAGGAUAGGCCACCUAAACCGCAAAUGGGCCAAGACAAAUGGGACCAACAUCAUGUUAGAUUACCUUGUUCCAAACAAAGCCUGUAUCCUGUAACAGAUGAGAAAGGUGAGACACGCUUAAGAAAAAGAUGGGCAAUUAUAGAAAACUCCUUAAGAAAACCAAUAAGGAACAGUCAACAGUUAGCAAGCGCCAUAUUGAGCUAUAACACAAAGUUUAAAAAUAGGUGGAAGUUUAGAGCACUCCAUAAACUGUUUAAUGAGAGCUUAGAAGAGGAAGAGUCACAAUAUUUUUUUGAUGUAACACUACCGCAAAUUACCAAAUUAGUUCUAGACCUACCAAAACUGAUUCAAGCACCCAUACCAUUACUGAAGCAACAUAAAAACAUGUCCAUUUCCUUAUCUCAACAACAGAUUUCUAGUCUGUUGGCCAAUGCAUUCUUCUGCACAUUCCCCAGGAGAAAUAGCUUGAAGCGGGACUCGGAAUAUUCGUCAUAUCCUUUCAUUAAUUUUAACUCAUUGUAUGAAACAUCUGGUUCCAAUGAUGUGAUGGAGAAACUGAAAUGCAUUUGCUACUACUUCAGAAGGGUGUGCAUGGAAGUGCCGGCCGGCGUGGUGACCUUCGAGCGGCGCUCGGUGCCGCCGCGGCUGCUGCCGAAGUGGGCGGAGUCCGAGCGGCCCCUCGCCGCGGCGCCCCUGCACAUCGACGCGCGGAACACCAUCGAGGAGGCGGAUGGCCUCAUACAAGUGGACUUCGCCAACAAAUACUUGGGCGGUGGCGUUCUGGGCCACGGGUGCGUGCAGGAGGAGAUCCGGUUCGUGAUCUGUCCCGAGCUCCUUGUUUCACUGCUCUUCACCGAGGUGCUGCGGCCUAACGAAGCGGUCAUGAUCAUCGGCGCGGAGCGCUACAGCCAGUACUCCGGCUACGGGCACAGUUUCGAGUGGGCGGGGCCGUGGGCGGACCGCACGCCGCGCGACUGCAGCGGCCGGCGCCGCGUGGCGGUGCUGGCGAUCGACGCGCUGCCCUACGCCUGCCCGCGCGAGGAGCUGCGCCGCGCGCCCAUCACGCGCGAGCUCAACAAGGCCUGGGUGGGCUUCUCGUUCCACGCGGAGGGCGAGGGCUCGGGGCUGCGCCACCCCGGCGUGGCGACGGGCAACUGGGGCUGCGGCGCGUUCGGCGGCUCCGCCCCGCUCAAGGCGCUGCUGCAGCUCAUGGCAUGCGCGCAGGCCCGACGCCCCGCCGCCUACUACACCUUCCGCGACGACAGGCUCGCCGAGGACAUACUCGUCAGCUAUAACUUGCUCGCGGCGCACCUCGUCACCGUCGGUCAGCUGUACCAUCUCCUCAUGCAGUUCUGCGACGAGAACCUUCCCGCCUCCAGUUUGCAUUUGUACCUGACGCAAAAGCUAAGGGAGGAUUCAGUGCCGACGACGCCGAAAUUUGGAUUGUUAAGUAGCGAGGAGGAGCGAUCGUUGGUAGUGGACGCUAUAGAAAACGAGACAAACCAUUCUCCCGACAUAUUUCUCCUGGACACGGAAGAAGAGUGCAAUAAAAUACCAGACCAGACGAGUGCAAAUGAUGACGUUGAAGAUAACAAAAUGGCAGCUCACAACAAGAUGGCGGACGACGACGAAAUGGCGGUCCCAUCCGAGUCCGGUUCCACGUCGCGUCUGUUCGAAGAGAUGGAGAAACUGGACGAAGACAACGGAACGUUAAAUUUCAGCAACGCGCACACAUCACCUUUCAAGCAGUUGGCCAAAGCGGUCAGCGCCGAAGCGGACACCGUUCGCAUACAAAUGGACCUGUCGACGGAAGCCAAAAGGAAGAUCAGCAGAAAAAUUACCGACUAUUUCGCGAAGAAAUCGAUU